AUGCCAGCUCCUGCUCAUCGAGAUCAACACGCACAACGCAGGCCGAAUGACAAGCCUCACCACAACUGGAGAGCCAACGCUCAUCCUGUCGCCAGCUCUUCCAGGCAGCCCCCUCCUUCACAUGCACAGCCUCUCGCCAUCGCAACCCCUCACAACAGGCCAGCCCGGGCCACCGAGUCAAACGACAACGCCUUGGAAGUCAAGCCGUCCCUCCUAUCGUCCAGCUUCAAACGCGAACAAGCGACAGGACUCAGCGCUGAUUGGGUUCCGGGACAUCACCCUCAUCCUGACCCUCACUCGGCACAUGCGAUCAAGCCUAGCGGCAUUGGCAAUGGCAUCAUUGGCAGAGCGCCCGAGUUCGGCACCUCUCCCACGAAUCUGAAGGCGCCAGCCGCACCAGCCGCUCGUCAUCACUGGCCCUUGUCAUCUUCGCUUGAAAAGACUCAACAGCUUGGACCGGCGACGAGUCUGCAUCCCUUGCGCAUCGAGCCUACCGAGCGCUCGCGCUUCUUUCCCUCUGCAUCGACGCCGCUCAAAUCCAAUCAGCAUGGCCAGCUCCCUCUGCGAAACCACCACACGCAGCUCGAUAAAGACGGAGAUGACAACUGGAUGUUGACUCCGACCAGCUCCCUGCCCAGUAUACCCAGCACGCCAAAUCGAGUGCGUGAAACCAGCACUGAUCGACUGCUUGCUGGAGACAAGCCAACCGAGGUUCCACUCAAUGUCAAUGGACGGCCAACGCCCUCGAUCCGUGGGCCUGUCGAACACCUCCAAGCUUCCCUUCAUUCCACGCUCCGCACACCCAGCCCUGGCUUCGGCUCAGCUCGUCAGGACGCCAGCUCCACCGGCACAUCUCUAUUCAAUCGCGGUCUGAGCGUGAACGUGCAGGCUUCGCCAAAGCGGUCUCCUCUCGGGGCGUCCACUCAUUCGCAACGCCAGCAAGCCGGUACCAUCACAGGCAAUUCCGUGUUGCUCAGUCCCGUCUCUUCUCCAAGGCUGGCCCAUCGAACCUUGUCACCCAUGACGAGGCACCCUCCAGCAAUUCCUGAGGCGCAUGCCAAUGGAGACAGAGUGGUGAACAGCAUUGCAUCCAUGCUCAGUGGCGCCUCGCCGCAACCUCGUCCCGGCUCGGUAUCACGUCGUGAAUCAUUCAAUUCGGUGACCUCGGCUGGUGCUGCGCACACCAUGUCGCAUUCCCGAAGAAGCUCCGCCGUGCUCUCGCCCAACUCUCCAGCGCUGUCGACUCGCAUCGGCGUAUAUCGACCACCUCAUUUGAGGAAUCGCGACAGCAUUUCCGGGCUGAAGCCAAGUGUCGCCCAUUAUGAUCGAGUUCGUACUCCAAGUCUUCGUGGCCUUUCUCGAUCCAGAGAGUCCUCUGUCUCUCUGAGUCGGCCCACCAGCCGGCCGCCUUCGACGGUUCCCUUCUAUCACAACGAGAGCAUCCCUGAAGAUGGCCAAGCGGACGAUCCCGUGCGAACGCCCCUCCGAGGUCGGCAGAGCAGCAUGUCCAUUCAUCUGCCUGACUUGAUUGCCGAUCAGCAGCUACGCAAUGCCGCCGCCGCCGCAGCAGCAGCGACAGGGCCGGACAGCGGUCAAACCGAGCCGUUUGCAGCUAAUACGACACAUCUCUUGGAGCAGCCUCUGGACAGCGCUUCGCUCCUCGCCAAGCUGAGAGCUCAGCUGGUCCGAAGGGAGGCUGCGGCCUCGGAUGUCGCAGCCUCGGACUUCGACCGUAACUCGAUUGCGGCGGACGACAUCAACGAACAGGACUUCUUUGACCUGACUGAGAUGAUGGAGUACGGCGCAUCCGAGGGUCAUCUGCUGAGCCGACAUGCCAGCACUUUCGUCAUGGAGGGCCGUCCGCCCGGCGAUGUCUUCGAGAUUGGCGACCUGUUGGGACCUGGCCUCGAGCAUGACGGUCACGUCAUUCAGAUUGCCGAGACCACUCUCGGCUUCGUGGACCAGAACGCAGAUCUCACGGGUAGCAAGCUUGAAGUGGUCCGCAAGCUCGGCGAAGGAAGCUACGCCGCCGUCUAUCUCGUCAAGGAGGUCAGCGCUGAAGAAGCCGCGUCCCAUGUCUCCAACAGGAGCAUCUCCGUAUCUCCGUCUGCCUCGCGGUCCGACCUUCCCGACAAAACAAGCAAAGAGACCAACGACGAUGCGGAUCUCACGAUGGUCGCCUCUUCCGAGGACCUCCUCAGUAGCACCCUCAAGGCAGACGGCACUGGUAAGGGCGAAGGGUUCCACAAUUCGCCCGCCCUCGAGGAAAGGAGACGCAAGGAUCUUAAGGUCAACACGAGCUUGCGUCCUGGCAAGGAAUUUGCGCUCAAAUGCCUGUGCAAGCGCGAUUUGCCCGAAGACAUGCUCGAGGUGCAACGACUCGAGGCGACGAUCCACCAGUCAAUUCCCUCCCAUCCCAAUAUCGUGACGCUCUAUCGAACCUACGAGACUCCGGAUUGGCUCUUCUUGGUCCUCGAGUACUGUCCCGGCCAAGAUCUGUAUUACUGGCUUGAACAGGCGCAAGAUACUGGAAGACCCAAGCUCGACGACGAGGAAACACCAGAAAGGACGUUCAUUGGUCAAGACAACGCCGACACGAAGCCGGAUGGCGAUUCGAAGGCAUUCGAAGAUGACAACUAUGAGGUCUUAGGCUCGUCGCUAGAUGCUACACCGCCGUCUCCGUCCAUCCUCGCCUCAACCUCUGGGCGUGGCCUGCUUUCGAAGCGACGCAUCCGGCUGAUCGCCAGAAUGUUUAGGCAGAUCUGCGACGCUGUCCAAUUCUGCCACGAUCGAGGUGUCAGCCAUCGCGAUCUGAAACCCGAAAACUUCAUUGUCGAGGAUCGGCGCACCGUCGAGGAAAUGCAAUCCGCGUGUCCUGAUACCAGCAUCAGCACACUGGUCGACAGCACCCGCGAUGGCGACGAAUCGCAAGUGAUCGUCAAAAUGACCGACUUUGGUCUGGCGACGGCCGACGAUCGUUGCGACGACUUUGAUUGCGGUAGCAAGCCUUACAUGGCGUUCGAAUGCGCCAACAACGUCUCAUCGUCUUACGACCCCAAGCAAGCCGACAUCUGGUCCUUGGGCGUGGUGCUGCUCAAUCUGCUCUUCCAUCGCAGCCCUUUCACCGAGCCAUCGAUGAAUUGUGCCUCGUUCGCGGCGUACUGCGAAGACCCCGUUCGUUUCCUUAUGGAAUCGUUCGACGGUCUCACUGAGACGGUGGCACGCUACCUAUCCGAGAACGUGUUCUGUUCGGUCACUGACAGUGACGAUGUCGCGCAGAAGAGGAUCUCUGCUGGGGAAUUCUCUCGCUGGGCCUGCGGUCUGGUGGACCACAUGGGCCUCUCCGGGUCAGGUCCAGGGCGCAUGUCGCGAGGAGCCUCGGUCUAUGCCACGAUCCCGCUGAUGCAUUCGCGCACUGGGUCCAUGUCGACCUUGCCAUCCAUGCUCAGCUCGCCAAGACCUCGCGCUCGGUCACUGGCGCGAGACGCUGACCAGAUCCUCGCCCUCGACGCGACUGCCGAUGGCACCUUUCGCGCUGCAUUCAUGGACGCUGCUGCUGAGCGGCGCCGAAGUCUAUCGCCCUGUCCGGACCUGUUCACCCCUGACGUGCUGCCUUCGCCGACGUUCACGCCUCUGCCCCAUCCGUCAGAGCGAAACCCAUUCGACUUGCAUUAUGCGACUAUCGAGGAAGCCGUCGGGGGAACAGCAAACGCUGAUCGACACGAGCAGGACAUUCAGGCGGACGGAUCGGCGCCCAACGUAGUGCAUUCGCCGAAAGGCAUGCCGAAUGGAACUAUCGUCCAUUCCAAUGGCAUCGCGUCGGGCCCUCGAACAAAGGCCAACGAGGCUGGCAUCAACGGAGAUGCAGCUUUCGAUAGCACAAGCGUGGUAGCGAACGGUGGGGUCGACGCUGAACAAUCAACGAGGCCGGGCGAUGCGAACGUCGAAACCCAGCCUGAAGCCGAUGUUCAGCUCGCUGGAGCGGACGGUGACGGCAUUGCAAACGGCGAGACAGAGCCGGUCGACACAGCAGACGGGGAUGCGAAGGAGGGAGCGGAGGACGGCGACCAGGCCGAGAGUAUCACGACCUCGAAUCACUCCAAACGCAGAAAGCGAGGAGCGCGCAAAGGACGCACGCUUGCCAAGCAGCUGAAGCGAUCUCAAUCGAUCGAUGCCUUAGCGGACGUGGACGCCAACGAUCCAGCCGCAAAAGCGCGGGAACGCGAGCGCACCAUCCGAGAGCUGGCGCAGGCUUCCGAGAGUCUGGCUCGACAGAUGAGCAAGAUGACCAAGCCGAGCGAUGUGGUGGAUGGUCUCAGUCCGCCUCAGAUCACCUUGUCCAGGCCAACGGCCGAGGCUGCGGCGCGCUACAGCUUGCAAGGCCUGGCUCAGGUGGAUGCCGAGCUUCCACAAAUGGCUUCAUCGACAGGCCUGCCCGCGGCACGAAGCACCAGGACGACUGACGAUGUUGCUGGUGCCGCCUCAACUCCAGCCGCCAAUUGGGACUCUGCAGCAGCCCGACGGGACAGGAUGAGCGAGCAGCGCAAGACUGGCGGCACUCUCCUUGCCGAUGCGGAUCGGAGCCGUGUCAUGUCGUGGCGCGAUCGGAACCAAUCCGCUGCCACCCUGUCGUCGCUCACAUCGUCCGUCACGUCGGUUUCGAGCCACAGCUCACUCACGUCGGCGACUUCCAGCAUCUACUCGACCGCGUCUGCGCCUGCAGCUCUGACGCGCAAGGACUUUUCGGCGCGCAACCGAACACGCGGGAGUGGAUUUGGUCUGGACACGAUCUCGGAGCGCGAGAAGGCGGCGCCCACCAAGAAGGAAGUCGACGCCAAGUAUCUCGCUGGCAUCUUUGGAGGCGGUGAUGGUUCGUCACGAGACAAGACGCGUAAAGAAGCUCCUGCCAAUCGCUCUGGCGAUGCGCCGAGGGCGAUUCCGAGCCUCAGUGCUAUCGAGGCUGCAGAUGCCUCGGUGUCUGCGCCGACAAAGGUAGAGAAGAGCGACAAGGCAAGCAAGCUCUUUGGUCUUCUCUCGGAUGGGAGCGGCAGCAAGGUUAGCAAUGCGGCAACGUCGACGGAGAUGGAGGUACAGGCAGCAGAGCCAUCACCGCGUCUCCCUGCCGAGACUGUCGCUGUCCAUGGCGCAGGUCAGCGCAGCGUCAGCGUCGGCAGCACCGGUUCGACUACGAGCAAUCCUGGCGUUGCCGCUUCGUUUGUCUCUCGAUUCCGCCGACCCGCUUCGUCGUCGUCGUCAUCGGCAGCUAACAAGGCCGCUUCGAUUUCGGAGACAGAUGGUGCUGCAGCCGGAUCAACCGCUGGCAGAUUCCUGGGCGCAAGCCUGGGGAUGCGACGUGACGCGUCGACCAGCACGAGCAGCCUUCAUCGGGUCAAGGAGGAUGGCAUCGAUUCAGCACCCGCCGUCGCAUCCACCACCAGCAACGGCAGCGGCGGCAACAAGAACACACCCACAGACGACGCUGUCCCUGUCGAUGCCGCAGCGGCUGCCAAGGCGCCCAAGAAACGUGGCAUGGGCAAGUUCCUGCUCGGCGUUCGUGACAGUAUCAAGAACUUCUGA